AGCAACCUAAGGGAGCCCAUGGAGCCCGUCCUCCCUCUUCGGUGCCUGAUGCUUGGCAGGAGUGGGUUGGGUCUUACCUUCCUGGUCUUUGAGAAUGUUUGUUCUCCCUACCAUGGGCUCCCCUCUGCGGCAGGUCAUGGCCCAGUGGUGGCAGAUGCUCUUGGGGUUGUGGACAGUCCUAACCACCUUGGCAGGGGACAAGCUGCUCAACAUCUGCAUGAAUUCCAAGCGCCACAAGCAAAAGCCUGGCCCAGAAGACAAGCUCCACCUGGAGUGCAUGCCUUGGAAGGACAAUGCCUGCUGCACAUACUCCACAAGCUGGGAAGCCCACCUUGAUGAGCCCCUGCUCUUUAACUUCAGCAUGAUGCACUGUGGACUGCUGACCCCGGUCUGUCGCAAGCACUUCACCCAGGCCAUCUGCUUCCAUGAGUGUUCCCCCAACCUGGGGCCUUGGAUCCAGCCGGUGGUCCUCAACGGGCAGGAGGAACAGCGGGUUUGGGACGCGCCACUGUGCCGGGAGGAUUGUGAGGAAUGGUGGGAAGCUUGUCACUCAUCUUGUACUUGUAAAUCCAACUGGCUCCACGGCUGGGACUGGAGUCAGGGGAAGAAACACUGCCCAGAACAUGCACCCUGUCUCCCUUUCUCGUAUUACUUCCCCACCCCCGAUGACCUGUGUGAGAAGAUCUGGAACAACACGUUCAAGGCCAGUCCUGAGCAUCGAAAUAGUGGGCAGUGUCUGCAGAAGUGGUUUGAGCCUACCCACAGCAACCCCAAUGUGGAAGUGGCCCUCCGCUUUGCCAGCUCUGCCUUAAGCCCAAGGCUCUUUUACACCCUCCCAGCCUUCUGGAUGUGCCUGCUGCUCCACUCCUGA